AUGUCGGAGGAGGAGGACCUGUUCCCGAAUCCCUACGACAGGCCGGUAGUUUCGGCAGCAUCGGCUGCGCAGACAAAUACUACAGAUACGAGUGCUGUGACAGAUUCGACUAGGUCAGUGGCCCGUCCGACCGUUUCUGCGCCGGCUCCGUCUGAUCAUGCUACUGAAGCGACGGAAGAUGAAGAACUCUCGCGUGCACUGCGUGACUCGCUCGCUUUUGAGCAGGAGGAUAUUCGCCGGCGUCAAGAGGAAGACGAGGCUCUACUAGAGGCUGUGCUACGUGCGAGCAAGGCUGACCACGCCCGGCAACUUCGUGAGCUUGAAGAACACCAGAAACGUGAGCGCGAGAUCAUUGAGGAGUCCCGGCAUGAGGCGUAUCGGGAUCAGCGGCGCCGCGAGGCUGAGCUACAGCGUCAUGCGCUCUUGGAAAUGGAAAUUAUGGAACAGAGUCGGCGUGAACAUGAGCAGCGCCUGCACGCACACUCAACAACAUCGCCUGUGCACACAGUCACAGCGGAGCAUGAUCCAGAAAUGGAAAACCUCUUGUGGCUCAGGAACCAUCCGCCCUCGACGUCGACGUCGACGUCGUUGAGCGCCCGAUCGAGCCUCGCUGGCCCGCCCGACAUGGCCUCAAAUCCUUCUUCUCUCGCUGAAUAUCAUGCCAUGGCCGGCGGCAUCCCUCAUGAAUCGCCGCCCAAGUACGAAGACGAGUUUCCCAAUCCAUUUGGCUCUCAGAUAUCAACCACGGCCAUGGGCUCGGCGGACCCUCUUUCAUCAGCGACAAAUCCUACUUCGCCAACUGGCCAUGUCCUAGAUUCAGCAGUGCCAUCACCCCGUCCCUUGUCAUCUCCUGUUCCUCCGUCAUCUGCAGCACUCACCGACGAAGACGCUCCGCGACCAGCGUCUCGAGGGCCAACACAUACGCUCAGCCGUUAUGAGCAGUUGUUUGGACGACAUGAAGACGACUGGGACGAUGCAUCGUUCCGAUCCGACUCACCAGAAAGUCCUGCGCCAUCCAGUGGUUGGGGCUCAGAAGUAGAGUCCUCGGAAGCUGAGGCGCGAGAGGUGCUGGGCGAACGGCCGACAACAGGCUUCAUGUCAAGCACCAGAGCUGAGUCAAUGCCAGAGUCUGAGUGGGCACAACACGCAAGUGGAAUCGACCUCACAUCCAGCACAGCGCCUCUCCGUCUUGGGAAUGCCCCGCAACCCACGACCAUGCGUAGUGACAUACCACUCACCAGUCAGCCAUCUGCUCCGAUGCCACACGCCGACGCAGCUCAUGCCGAGACACCCCGCGCCCAAUCACCACAUGUCGUAACACCGCAUGCCGAGACGCCCCCCUUGGAAGCCGUGCGUAGCGGAGAGCAGCAUCCUGGACCCUCGCCACUCAGAACCCCUCCAGCUACCCAGUCUCAAAUUCAACCGCCGCUCGGAGGCCCUUCUCCACUCCCUCGUCCCCCCAGCUAUACGCCGCUAGCUGGGACCUCAGCCAACACCCCACCCAUCACGACGUCGCCGCUCAACACGCCACCUCCCAAUCCACUGCCUCUUCGCACCCCACCAGGCGAAGCGACACUAUCGCCCAAGCUGCCACGUGCAUCUCCUCGUCAUUCUCCACACACCACCAAAGACACCAACCUGCCCAAGACGCCAUACCCACCUGAAUAUGCCGAGGGCCAGCCGGCAUUGCGAGGCGUACAGUUCGGCACAGCGAUGCAUCCAUUUUCCCUUGAGCUCAGUACUCCGCGUGGCGUCGCGUUAUACCCAUCGCCCGAUCUGUCUACCGAAUGCGUGCUGCCCCAAGCCGCCGAGCACAUGCUCUACUUCCCUGACACCAUUGAACUUGGCCCACCAAAUCGACCGUACUUCGUGAUUCGUGCGUACUCAUGGAAACUGCUGCUGCAAGCCAUGGCCUGGUAUGGGAAAACCGUUGUGCGUGCGCAGAAUGGCCGUCUCUUCUUACACGUGGCCAUCUGUGUGCCGUGGCGCACUGAUAAACCUUCGUUCACAUCCCCGGCUUUUGUGUGCUUAGCACUAAGCACCGACAACACGUGUGCCACGAAAAAUCCCACGAUGGAGUCAUUCUGCAAGAGCCGGCAGUCGUCACUGACAUGCGUGUCACUCGUGUCGCAUCCGCUUCUCCUUCCGACGGAUCUCGUCACGUUGGCACAGUCACUCUUUUCUGCCCCACAGCUUAGCAGUGCUCCGGCCCUCCGUGAGCUUAAACAGGCCAUUGCUUCGCAGGACGAGUGGCUCGAGUCGCGAGCUCAGUACUUUUCAUCUCGUUCAGCCUCCAACGCCGCCAGCUCGCCACCACCUGUCGACCACCUUACCAUGUUCGAGCAGCAAUGCUUGCAGCACCGGCUUUCUCUCCUGCACCAUCCCAUUUUGUCCACGGGCGAGCUGGAUGCUCAGGUACAGAUGCCACAGCAUCGAGAGCAUUUCCGCGAGCGCGUGCGCCGCACGUUUUCUCGAUGGAACAUAUCGAAUGUCGCGCCAGAAGAAGAUCUCGCCGCUUGGAUCACCCCAUACGACGUGUCUGCGCCGCCAUGA